AUGAAGCCAGCUCAACCCCCUCUGAUCCCCCAUCGACCUUUUAUUGUAGUAUGGAACGCUCCGACAGAGUCGUGUCGUCUUCGAUUCAAGGUGGACCUGGAUCUCAGUGUUUUUGACAUUGUAGCAAAUCUGAACGAAACCUUAAGUGGACCAAAUGUCACCAUAUUCUACCACAGCCAUCUUGGAUAUUACCCAUAUUAUUCCAGCUCUGGAGUUGUUAUCAACGGCGGCUUACCUCAGAACCAGAGCAUUUCCAAGCAUCUGAGCAAGGCCAGGGCUGACAUUGACAAGCUGAUCCCCCACAAGGACUUUCGAGGGCUGGGCGUCAUCGACUGGGAGAACUGGAGGCCACAAUGGGUCAGAAAUUGGGGUUCCAAAGACAUCUACCGCAAAAAAUCCAAGGAACAAAUCCGAAAACUUCACCCCGGCUGGCCAGAGAGUAAAGUAGAAAAGGAGGCAAAGGAAAGUUUUGAGAGAGCUGGGCAGGCCUUCAUGAACCUGACCCUAGCGCUGGCUGAAGCUCGCCGGCCAGACGGGCUGUGGGGCUUUUACCUGUUUCCAGAUUGCUACAACUAUGGCUACAAGCAGCACCCACAACGCUACACCGGUGAAUGCCCAAACGUGGAGCAUGUUCGCAAUGACCACCUGAUGUGGCUCUGGAAGGAGAGCACCGCCCUCUACCCGUCCAUCUACCUGGACUAUGAGCUGAAGUCCUCACCAAACACCAUCAAGUUCGUCCAUUAUCGUGUCAAAGAAGCCAUGAGGAUCGCAUCCAUUGCACAUACGGACUUCACACUGCCUGUCUUUGUAUACUCUAGACCUUUCUAUGCCUAUACAUUUGUUGUGCUUACAGAGAAUGACCUGGUGCACACGAUUGGGGAAAGUGCUGCCCUGGGAGCUUCAGGUGUGGUCCUGUGGGGAUCCUCAGAGUAUGCACGAUCCAAGAGAAACUGCCUGACUGUGAAGAAGUACAUUGAUGGUCCACUGGGGCAUUACGUCAUCAACGUCACAUCAGCAGCUAAACUGUGUAGCAAAGCUCUUUGCAAGAAAAACGGCAGAUGCGUCCGCAAAAGCUUGGAUUCAAGAGCCUACCUGCAUCUGAACCCCCUCUCCUUCCACAUCCACCAAAACCUGAGCUCUACAUUCAAUAGAUUCCAUGUCAGUGGUCAAGUCAGCAGCCACGAUAUCCUGGACAUGAAGCACAAGUUCACAUGCCAGUGCUACCAGGGUUGGACGGGAGCUUACUGUGAGAUCCCCCAGGGUCUGUCCACCCCCCCUCCUCAGCCUGACGUCCCACUGCCUGACCAUUGGGCCACUAAUUGGUUGGAAAACAUUCUGCUCCUCCUUUCUGUCCAUUUUUCCUGUCUUUGCAUUAUCUUGUUCCUUGGACUAUGCCUCGUUAUUAAGUGUCUCAUACUGUAG